ACUCUCUCUCUCUCUCUCUCUCUCUCACUACCCAUUUAGCUGCCCAUUUCAUCUCUCAACUUCUCUCUCUCUCCCAAACAUCUUGUGACAAUCAGCAUAAUCUCGUAAUUUCCAGGGCCUUCUCGGUCGAGCUUCACGCAUGGAUUGCUUGGUCUUGCCGGUCUCGAUGCUGAGAAGGCGGUCCACGGGUUCGAGGCUGGGCUACCGGCCGCUCUCGGAGGAGGCACUGGGCGAGCCGGUGGAGCGGCCGGCUGUGACGGUGGUAGUGGGGAAGGAGAGGAAGGAGUUCCUGGUGGACCCUUUCGUGCUGGAGGAGAGCCCUUUCCGGGUCCUGAUCGAUUCGGCGAGGCGAAGAGAGGUGAGGGAAGAGGAGAGGGUGAUUCUGGUGGAUGUGGACUCGAUCUUGUUCGAGCACAUGUUGUGGUUGAUGCACAAUGAUUCCACCUCUUUGUUCCAGCUCAAUCUCAAGGACAUCAUUGACUUCUAUGCUCAAGAUUUUUAGCGAGGGACAUCCAUUACAGAAAAGAGAAAUAUUACAGAUUAGGUUAAACACUGAUUGAGCUUGUAGAUUUUCUUUUGAAAUGCGUUCUAUGCAAUCAAUACAUACAUAUCAAAUACAAUAGCAUCGUGUUAUUUUGGAGGUAUAGGAUUUCUGGUCUCGUUUCUCUUUGGACUGUUUAUGCUUGAG